UCCGAUCCCCAAUCUUCUUUAUUCUCUCCGACGGCAAUGGGCAUGGUCCGCAUGCACGUCGCUUUCCUUCAAUUCUAUUUUGACCCUCCCAGUUGGCCACUGCCCCCCUUGCCCCAACCAACCACCCUCGACUAAAUUUUCCUCCAUGGCAGCACCCAUUGGAAGCUGAGAUCAGAAGCGAAACCACCAUCUUUUUUCCUCUGCUUUCUCCUGAGAGAACUAGCAACAACCAUCCCGAUUCCCAAGUGACCCUGCAGCUUGCUCCGCCACAGUAACUCAGUAAGUAAUGGCAAGUGCAGCUGUGUGCCUUGGCAAGUUGUGUUGUGAGUAGAUCAUGACCACCACCCACUUGUUUGUCCGAGGUAUAUAAGCGGACACCUCUCUCCAGCCCUACCUAUCAGCUCUCUCCCUCUCGGCUCCUCCGGGGUGAAGAGCCAAGAAUCUUGAGGUGGAGUAGGGUGUGUCUGAUAGGAGCAGAGUAAGCAGCAAUGCCGUACACAGCUCCUCGGCCGUCGGCGCAGCAGCACAGCCGGAUUGCGGGGGGGAAGGCGGCGGCGUCGCACGGGCCGUCGUGCGCGGCGGUGCCGGAGGAGGUCGCGCGGCACCACGAUCACGUGGCGCGGGUGGGGCAGUGCUGCUCGGCGGUGGUGCAGGAGAUCGCGUCGCCGGUGGGGGCGGUGUGGUCGGUGGUGCGGCGCUUCGACCGGCCGCAGGCGUACAAGCACUUCAUCCGGAGCUGCCGCCUCGUGGACGGCGACGGCGGCGCGGUGGGGUCGGUGCGCGAGGUUCGGGUCGUGUCGGGCCUCCCGGCCACCAGCAGCCGCGAACGGCUCGAGAUCCUCGACGACGAGCGCCGCGUGCUCAGCUUCCGCGUCGUCGGCGGGGAGCACCGCCUCGCCAACUACCGGUCGGUGACCACCGUGCACGAGGCCGAGCACGGCGCCGGCACCGUCGUGGUGGAGUCGUACGUGGUGGACGUGCCCCCCGGGAACACCGCCGACGAGACGCGCACCUUCGUGGACACCAUCGUGCGCUGCAACCUCCAGUCGCUGGCGCGCACCGCCGAGCAGCUCGCCCUCGCCCUCGCCUAGUGUGGCCAUGUCCAGCAGCCGGCCGCACCGGAUGGCGCGCCGGUCCGGCCUUGUUACGAGACGUUGUUUCUUGAUUUCUUCCUGUUCUUUUUCCCUUUGAGGGGAGAUCCAUCGAUCGAUCGGUUCGUGGUUCUAGAAUCUAGCCUGUGUUUUCCUCUUCUCUUUUUGAUCACUGAGUACAAUCCAUUGUGUGGCUGUUGCUUUAUAUUA